AUGAUGCUCUUCUGGUCAGCUUACUUGGGUGCCGACUUGGUAGCUAAUUAUGCCUUUGGACUCAUUUCCAGAGCCCAAUUCACUGGUGGUACUCCAGACUCCGAGGCUGAUGCAUAUGGUGACCUUUUGGCAUUUUGGGCUCCAUUUCUUCUGCUACAUCUUGGGGGACCAGACACCAUAACCGCUUUCGCACUCGAGGAUAAUGAGCUGUGGUGUAGGCACUUGCUUAAUCUAUUAUUCCAGCUAGGAGCCGCAAGCUAUGUAUUUUAUCAAUCCUUCCCCAGUAGCAAGCUCGUUGUCCCAACCAUCCUCAUGUUUAUUGGUGGAACCAUUAAAUACAUAGAGCGAACCCGUGCUCUGCAUCUCGCCAGCUUCAGAAAAUUUCGGGACUCCGUGCUCCCACCUGCUGAUGCUGGGCCAAACUAUGCCAAGCUCGUGGAAGAACACGUUACCACCAAGAUAUUGGCCAUGGUGCCAGAAUCCAAAUUUCAAUCGGUACCUGUUGAAGAGGAAGAUAGAAAAGAUUUGGACGACAAAGCAGUUAUUAAAAGGGCGUUCUUUUACUUCACAACUUUCAAAGGCCUCCUUGUGGAUCUCAUCUUCAGCUUCCGUGAACGUGACAACAGCAACCGAUUUUUCAGGAGCAGAAACGCAAAGGAUGCUUUUCGGGUCAUUGAGGCUGAGCUCAACUUCUUUUAUGAUGUUCUCUAUACCAAGGCUGCCAUUGUUCAUUGUCCAACAGGGUACAUUUUCCGAGCUAUCUCAAUUGGGUCCAUUGUUUCUGCUUUUGCGAGUUUCUAUGUCCUGAGCAAGCAUGGUUUUCACGAAUAUGAUAUACGGAUUACAUACACCUUGCUCCUUGGAGCUAUUGGCCUGGAAUUUGUAGCCCUCAGUAGGCUCAUUUGCUCUGACUGGACAAUUGCAAAUAUAGCAACAUCUGAGAGCAUCUUCAUUAAGUUCCUCCUCAAAUUCAAAUCUGAAAGUUCACCAUUUGCAUUGCAUAUACUACAUGGUAGAUGGUCUAAAUCUAUCUUCCAGUACAAUUUUUUAGAUUCUCGGCUGACAAAGUGGCCAAAAUGGAUAGAGAAAUCCCUUGGUCUCGUACCUCUGGAGGAAUGGUUUGAUGACUUGAAGCCCAGACGGAAAAAAAAAUACAGUGAAGAAUUAGUUGAACUGAUUUUUGAAGAGCUGAAGCAGAAGGCAUCUAUGGGAAGCACAAAUCUCACAAAUGAGAUUUGUGCUUCCCGAGGUAAAUGGGCUCUGGAGCAUUAUAAAACAGAGCAAAAUUACAAAAAGUUGCUUCCAUUCGUCUGUGAUGUUGAUUAUGGAAAGAGCCUUUUACUAUGGCACAUCGCCACCGAACUGUGUUACAACACUGAUAAUAAUAAAAGCGCAAAUAACCGCCGUGAAAGUAGUAAGCUCUUCUCAGAAUACAUGCUUCAUCUUAUGAUCAAACAGCCUAAUAUGAUGUCUGCAAUAGUUGGGAUUGGCCAUAUAAGAUUUCGAGACACUUGCGCUGAGGCAGACAGGUUCUUCGACGAAAAUAUAUUGCAUAAGAGGAAAACCAGCAAAGCACAGGCCUGCCGAAUUCUACUUGCUGUUCCUACAGAAUUGAAUCCAGCUGUAGUGAAAGGAGACAGAAGCAAAUCUGCGUUGUUUGAUGCGUGUAUUCUCGCUAAAGAAUUGGAGAAAUUUCAGGACGUGAAGUGGGACAUCGUGAGUAAAGUUUGGGUCGAAUUGCUGGCGUAUGCUGCAAUUCAUUGCCAACCGUUCAUGCAUGCUCAACAACUUAGUAAAGGGGGAGAACUUCUCAGCUUGGUUUGGUUAUUGAUGGUACAGCUUGGCUUGAGCGAACAAUUCCAAAUAGAAGAUGGUCACCUUUCAGCUAAGUUGUACUGA